CGAUGCACCGUCAAUUGUAUAUUUCUACACAUAUAAUCACUGGAUUUGCGAGAGAAACAAUACUGGUUUUCCAAUCACUCUUGACACUGAAACGCGUGCUUCACUGUGCCACGCCGAAAGCGUUUAAGAUGCACGAUAUUCCAGAGUUUGAGCUUGAUCAAGUUGCCCAGAGCGAAGAUCGCAUUGCAUGGAUCAGCCCCAUAUGCCCUCUCGCUAGACAACCUUCGAGAUCUUUCCGCUAGCAAGCUUUCUCCGAUCGAUAACGAUAUCCCACUUUCUUAUGCUCCGUCCCUCGGAUCAGUCGAGCUGCGUAAACGCCUUGCAGAGAUCUAUUCAAUCAAAAGAGCACCACUGACAGAAGACAAUGUGAUCAUCACGCCUGGAUCAAUUAUGGCUAACUAUCUUGUGCUGAGCACGACAUGCACCAAAGGCGACCAUGUAAUCUGUCAAUUCCCGAACUACGGCCCUUUGUAUCUCUUGCCCAAGUAUUUCGGCGCUGAGGUGGACUUCUGGGUUGGGAAAGAAGAGAGAUCGUGGAAUCCUGAUAUUGAAGAGCUCAAAGCACUCAUCAAGCCGAAUACUAAAGCCAUUAUCCUAACAAAUCCGUGCAACCCUACAGGAACGGUCCUUGGCCAAGAGAUCCUGGAGCAGAUCCGAGAUUUGGCCAAGAGGCAUAACAUUACUAUCUUUGGCGAUGAAGUCUUCCGUCCCCUUUUUCACGACGACACUCCGACUCCGCCAUCCGUUAUCUCGCUGGGGUACAACAACACCAUCUCCACUGGAUCCGUAUCCAAGGCCUACUCACUCCCGGGUAUUCGUAUCGGUUGGAUAAUCUCACCAAACAAAGAUAUCCUACAACGUAUCAUCGCAGCUCGAGACUACACAACUCUCAACGUUUCACGCAUCGACGACGCCAUCGCUUUAUUCGCCUUAUCUCCCGACGUCCUUCCCAAGAUCGUUGCACAGAUUCUGGCAACUCAAUCAAAGAACAUAGAGCAGUAUGAUCAGUUUGUAACAAGAAAUCCGGACCGAUGCAGAUGGGUUCAUCCGCGAGGCGGCGGAACGGCUUUCAUACACUUUUCUGGGUCAAAUGGAAAGUCAAUUGAUGAGGUUGGGUUUGCAGAAAAGCUAAUCGAAGACUUUGGCGUCGCCGUUAUUCCAGCUAGUGCUGGUUUUAGUGAGGAGGGAGUUGCUGAUUACAAGGGCUAUCUCCGUCUGAGCUUGGGACAGCGAGUGGAAGCAGUCGCCGAAGGACUCCGAGCUAUUGAGUUGGCUAUUCAAGACUUCUAGUCUUUGAGGACAUCAAUUAUCUAAACAAAUGGCAGAAUAACAUGGCUAUCGUGCUCUCCGCCAACAUGAACCUCAUGUUUCCCAUGGUUAUCUAAAUGCUCCAAACUUCCAAAAUUACUCACGCCAAUAUUCCUCCCACAAACAACAGCUCGAAUUGACUCGCCAGCUUCAUACUCAAUACCCAUAGCCCAAAUACCAAUGUCAAGUCUAACAACAUCCCCAGGUUUGAUCUUCUCUACUUUCUCGUGAGGAUGGAACGGCCAGUGCGGGUGCAUACUCUUGCUCUCAUCGAU